CACGCGCUGCGGUGAAGUGACACAAGAGACGUCUACUCUCGUCACCGCAGCCCCCUGCAUGGCCAUAGAAUUUCAGCAAUAAUGACCCUGGGCUGAACUUGUGAUGCGCUGCCGUGAUGGAUGAUGCUUCUCCCCGAUCUCUGGCUGCUUUCUGCAAAGUGCUGUCCAAGGAGCGGCUAUGGCUGCCUGACUACUUGAACCGGCUAGUGGCUUAUGCAGUGGAUAAGCCGGAAUGGCUCUUUCCUAUUACCUUGUGCCACCUGCCCUAUGUGUGCUUUCUUAGUGGCCUGAUUCCUGACAAAGCGGAACAGCUCGCAAAGGUUGUCAGCUCCGUCGUUCUGAGGAACUUUGACGACCUGCCGACUUUGGAAGUGCUUGAGGCAGCAGUGGCCCUGGGCUUCUUCCAGUGCCUGGAGAGUGACUUGAUCCACCGUAUUUUCGCUCUGCCCUUCAUGGAGCGCCUGGAUCGUGAGCUGACCGGAUUUGUUGGGAGCGAGUACUCGGAUCGCCAUGUGCGGGAGGUGCUGGCCAUGCUCAACCGCAUAACCUGCUUGGACUUUCCGGAAGAGCACGUGCCAUGGUUCCAUGACCAAUUCUACGCAACACGAGCCUUAAACACUCGAAGACAUUUCACUACCCUGCAAGGAGACGUUCAAGACAACCUGACGCACGUCCUAGGCGGAAGCCAGUUUGUGCAGUGCCAUGUAUUUGCACCCUACAGCUACCACCUUCAGCUGUGUUGUGAGCUGGACGCUUCAAAGGCACCUGUCCCACUCAACAGCAGCAGCGGGGAACACCGCAAGGUGCCGCAUAGCCAAGCUCCAGCAGCCUCACGUACAGCUCACAAAAGGAUCGCUGUCCUCGUGCUGGGAGAGAAGAGCUUUUGCGACAACUACCCUCAGAUUACGGGUUACCAGCAACUUAAAAUAAGGCACCUCGAGAUCCUCGGUUAUCAGCUGGUUCUGGUGCCGUUUUACGAGUGGAACUCAAUGAAGUUGGCUGAGCCAAGUGCCAAGCAAGACUACCUCCGUGGCAAGAUCUUUGGCAUCAGCUAGUGAAUAGCCACAGAGCUCUGUGAAUAGAAAUCUAUUGUGUAAUUUAUUUUUGUAAACAACAAAUAGUGAAGUAUAUAAACAUAGCACGACUAACAUGUACUCCUUCAUGAAGUCAUUAUCUUCUAAUAGCAUUUUACACCACCAAACAUGCUGCAGAGGCACUUUAAAGGUUGCCACAAUUCCAUCUGCUGGACAUACACAAAAAAAGAAGAAAAAAAAACGACCUCUGCACCUCCCACAUGCACAUAA